UAAAUGCAGCUGCUCAGUGUGCGUGAUGUCGUCACUUCCUCUCACGUUGACUCCAGCUUGCAUCAUUUCUUGUCUCUUGUUGGCAGCCGGGGACAGACAACAUACACACAAUGGUUGAGCCAGUCCCAGAGUCGAUCAACUUUCCCACUGAGGAAGAGAAGAUCCUGCAGCUGUGGAACGACAAGGAUUGCUUCCAGGAAUGCCUCAAACAGUCCAAGAACAGACCCAAGUACACCUUCUAUGACGGGCCUCCUUUUGCCACGGGUCUUCCUCACUAUGGGCACAUCCUAGCUGGUACCAUCAAGGAUGUUGUCACUCGUUUUGCUCACCAAAACGGCUUCCAUGUGGACCGGCGCUUUGGAUGGGACUGUCACGGCCUACCUGUGGAGUAUGAGAUCGACAAGACUUUAGGGAUCAAAGGCCCUGAAGAUGUGGCAAAGAUGGGCAUCGCAGAGUACAACAAGCAGUGCAGAAACAUCGUCAUGAGAUACUCCAAUGAGUGGGAGAAUUCAGUGAGGCGAAUGGGAAGGUGGAUUGACUUCAAAAAUGACUACAAGACUCUGUACCCUUGGUUCAUGGAGACAGUCUGGUGGGUGUUCAGACAGCUGUAUGACAAGGGUCUGGUUUACCGAGGCGUCAAAGUCAUGCCUUUCUCCACUGCCUGCAACACCCCGCUGUCCAACUUUGAGUCCCAUCAGAACUACAAGGAUGUUCAGGACCCAUCCGUGAUUGUCAACUUCCCAUUGGUUGAGAAUGAAGAAGUGUCUCUGAUCGCCUGGACGACCACUCCCUGGACACUGCCAAGUAACCUGGCUCUUUGUGUUAACCCAGAGUUCAUAUACGUCAAAGUCAAAGAUAAUGCAACAAACAAGACCUACAUUAUGAUGGAGGCCAGACUGGGAGCUCUGUUCAAGUCGGAAAGCGAGUACACUCUGCUGGAUAAAUUUCCUGGGAAGACACUGAAGGGGAAAAAAUACAAGCCUCUGUUCUCGUACUUCUCCCAGUGCGGGGAGAAAGGAGCGUUCCAGGUGGUGAUUGAUAACUAUGUCAAGGAAGAGGAGGGUACAGGAGUGGUCCACCAGGCACCGUACUUUGGAGCUGAUGAUUACAGGGUGUGCACAGAAUUCAACAUCAUCCAGAGGGACCAGGCUCCUAUCUGCCCUGUGGACGCCUCGGGCUGCUUCACUUCAGAGGUCACUGACUUCGCAGGACAGUACGUCAAAGAUGCUGACAAGAACAUCAUCAAGUGGAUGAAGGAGAAUGGCCGACUUGUCAACGCCAGCAGUUUCAAACAUAGUUACCCCUUCUGUUGGAGGUCAGACACACCCCUGAUCUACAAAGCAGUCCCCAGCUGGUUUGUCCGUGUGGAGCACAUGGUGGACAAACUUCUGGAUAACAACGGCAAGUGCUACUGGGUGCCAGAAUUUGUGCGUGAGAAACGUUUCGGGAACUGGCUGAGAGACGCACGAGACUGGGCGAUCUCAAGGAACCGCUACUGGGGCACACCGAUCCCGCUCUGGGUCAGCGACGACUACGAGGAGGUGGUGUGUGUCGGCUCCAUGGCUGAACUCGAGGAGCUGACUGGAGUCAAAGUAACCGAUCUGCAUCGAGAGAACAUCGACAGUUUGACCAUUCCAUCGCGGUGCGGUAAGGGCGUGCUGCGGAGGGUCACGGAGGUGUUCGACUGCUGGUUUGAGAGUGGUAGCAUGCCAUACGCUCAGGUCCACUACCCGUUUGAAAACAGGAAGGAGUUUGAGGACACGUUCCCUGCAGACUUCAUCGCUGAAGGCAUUGACCAGACGAGAGGAUGGUUCUACACCCUGCUGGUGCUCUCCACAGCACUGUUUGGCAAACCUCCCUUCAAGAAUGUCAUUGUUAACGGACUUGUACUCGCAAGCGAUGGACAGAAGAUGAGCAAGCGCAAGAAGAACUACCCGGAUCCAGGACUCAUAGUGCAGAACUAUGGAGCUGAUGCCCUCAGACUGUACCUCAUCAACUCUCCGGUGGUGAGAGCAGAGAACCUGCGUUUCAAAGAGGACGGGGUGCGGGACGUGUUGAAGGAUGUCUUCUUGCCGUGGUAUAAUGCGUACCGCUUCCUGGUGCAGAAUGUACAAAGGCUACAGAAGGAGGAUGAAAUUAAAUUCCUGUACAAUGAAAACACAGCCAAGCAGAGCAACAACAUCAUGGACAGAUGGGUUCAGUCCUUCACGCAGUCCCUCAUCCAGUUCUUCAGGGCUGAGAUGGACGCGUACCGUCUGUACACGGUCGUGCCCCGCCUGGUCAAGUUUGUGGACAUGCUCACCAACUGGUACGUCAGGACCAACAGACGCCGUCUCAAGGGAGAGAGUGGCACUGAGGACUGCCUGUGGGCACUGGAAACCCUCUUCAGUGUUCUGUUUUCCAUGUGCAGGCUGAUGGCUCCCUUCACACCUUUCAUUACAGAGAUGAUGUACCAAAAUCUGCGUCACCUCAUCGACCCCGCCUCUGUGGAGGAGAAGGACAGCGGCAGCAUCCACUAUCUCAUGCUGCCACAAGUCAGAGAGAGUUUGAUUGACAAGCGCAUUGAGAGCGCCGUCUCCCAGAUGCAGUCUGUGAUCGAGCUUGGCAGAGUGAUCCGAGACAGGAAGACCCUGCCUGUCAAGUACCCACUGAAGGAGGUGGUAGUUAUUCACCAGGACCCAGAGGCUCUCAAAGACAUCCAGUCUCUGCAGAAGUACAUCCUGGAAGAGCUCAAUGUGCGACAGCUGACCAUGUCUACAGACAAGGAUAAGUACGGCAUCAGCCUGAGAGCCGAGCCCGACCACAUGGUGCUGGGCAAGAGACUAAAGGGGGCCUUCAAAGCCAUCACUGCUUCCAUCAAGGAGCUGACCAGCACGCAGCUUGAGUCCUUCCAGAAAACAGGAUCCAUCAUGGUGGACGGUCAUGAGCUUCACGAGGAGGACCUGAGGCUGAUGUACACCUUCAACCAGAGCUCUGGUUCAGCUGCACAGUAUGAAGCUCACUCUGAUGCGCAGGUCCUGGUGCUGCUGGAUGUCUCCCCAGACCAGUCCAUGCUGGAUGAAGGCGUUGCCCGAGAGGUCAUCAACCGCAUUCAGAAACUACGCAAGAAGGGCCAUUUGGUGCCGUCAGAUGAGAUUUCCGUGUAUUACCGCUGCCAGCCACAGGGGGAGUACUUGGACUCAGUGAUCCAGGCUCACACAGAGUUCAUACUGGCCACCACCAAGGCUCCUCUGCUGCCCUUCCCGGUCCCAAAGACUGCCAGUGUCAUCAUAGAGGAGAAGACUCAGCUGAAGGGCUCAGACUUGGAGCUAAUCAUAGUGAAGGGAUCUUCAGCGCCUCGGGCUCAGCUCAACGGACCAGCCUGUUCCUAUGUAAACCUCAGAGUGAUGGUCAACAACAAAGAACAAGGUAGCACACCGGAAGAGGGUGUCGUCCUGUUGGAGAACCCUAAAGGGGAUAACCGACUCGGCCUGGACCAGCUGAAGAAAGUGUGCAAAAGCAUCUUUGGAACCAACAACACCCAGCUCAAAGUUUUCAACGGCGGGGCUGAGUUGACCAGCAAAGUGGACCUUCAGGCUCUCAACGGUAAAACUUUGUCAGUGACCUCAGGCUCUUCCUCUCCUGUCUCCGCCCCCACCACUGACACCCUCCUGUGUCCUUACGUUAACCUCCUGCUCUGCGACGCACAACCAGCCGAGUGUCAGUCAGGAGACGCAGGCACCCUCCUGCUGGUGAACCCCGUGGGCAAGAACGGGCUCAACCACUCGGGUCUGCUGUCUGAGGCUGCCAAGGUGUUCGGCCUUCGUAGCCGACGACUCAAACUCUACCUGGACCAGGACCUCACCCAGGAGCUGCCAGCUGACUCAUCAGUAAAAUCUCUAGACACCAAAACUCUGUUUGUGAGAGUUCUUCCAACAACCGCCGAAGCAUAACUCAAGAAAAGCCAUCAUUGGAUCUUGGUGUCGAUACACGCCUCAGAUGACUCGCAGCUUCCCUGGAAGAAGAAGAUUUUUUUUUUUUUACCAUUUAAAUCUCAGCUAUAGCAACUUCUAAGUACAGUGUAUUCUCGGUAUUUUCUGGAAGUCCUGAUGCAAAGCCGGUUUGUCUGUCAAGUUCACAACUUUAAUUUUAAAGUCAUUAUCAUGCAUGUCUUGAAGCUUCUUGUGACGACUUCAGGCACAAAAUUAGCCUGCCUAAAGACGUCUCGAGAUUUUGAUGUGUUUGAGCUCAUCCCAAGAUGUGAUGAUAGCUCUAAUUAAUCAUCAUAUUUAAGCCUAGUCAUACAACACUUUUCUCUCUGUCACACUUUCUCUGCUUCAUCUUUAAUUUGUCACUUGUUGAGUGGCAGUUCCAUGAAAGCACAAUGUGCUUUAUUUAUUCUGGACAGAUAAGAUUUCCAUCAUUUCCUCACUGGAUGCACUUCAAAAACAGAAAGAUAAAUCAUAUGUAACAGCGAAACAGACUUGCUGGAUCUGUAUACGACAUAGCUGGUUAGGUAAACUAGGAAUUGUCUGAUGGAUGGAAAACCAAACAUCAAACUCUUCCUGGAAACACAGAUUCGAGGGAACUGUCUAACCUGUCUAGCUGUCAGAAUUGCCGAUGGGUGAUUUUCUUUAUUAUGCUAAUUAGGAAAAUUAUGCAAGCUACGUCCCUUCAAGGCUUAUUUGAGGUGAGCUUUGUCCAAAGUAAUUAUUGCUACGGCUCAUUAUUAAGAAACCAAUUUGGUCCAUUGUGCUUACAUUCAUUUUGAAUUUAACAGAUAAACCUAUUCUGCUCGUUGCAUUGGGAAUCCUUUGACAGUUGUAAAGGCAUUUAAGAAGGUGAAAUGGACUUUGGGGCCGCUGUACCUACAGGACAAAACGUUUCUCUCGUGAAAAGAGCAACACAUGAGAAUGUUCUAUUUUAAGUGUCAAACGGAAUAAAUCAAAGGUGACUAAGAA